UCAAAGCAAAAAACGAAAAGAAAACAACACAGCUGGACAAAUUUACUUUAAAUAAAUAAUUUUUAUUGAUAUCUUGUAAGAAAAAAAAAUUCCAAAAAUGACUUUAAUCGAUCACUACGAACAACAAUAUGCUGCAUUAAUUGCAGAAAUAACUGCAUUAAUUGGCCGAUUAAAUGUAUUUAGUGGAGCUGAAAGACGUGAACUUUGCGCAAAAAUCGAUGGAAGUCUAACCGAAGCUUCUGAAUUGUUAGAACAAAUUGGUUUAGAAAUAAGAGACUUGAAUCCAUCUGUUCGACCUGGUUUUAAUAGCAAACUCAAUUGCUACCAAGUCGAACUGAAGCGUCUUCAAAAUGAAUACAAAAAUAUCAAAGAGCAAUCCCGAAAUCAUUCCUCUCUAGAGAUUACCGAUGAUUUUGAUGAUAUAUCAAUUCGCGAUGAUCAGAAGCAACGUUUACUUGAAAACUCGGAACGUAUCGAAAGAACUGGCAAUCGUUUAGUUGAAGGUUAUCGCAUUGCUGUGGAAACUGAAGAGCUCAGCACACAAGUGUUGCAGGAUUUACAUCAUCAACGGGAAACACUACAAAAUGCUAGAUCUAGAUUAAGGGAGACUAAUGCCGAUUUGGGUAGAUCUUCGCGUAUUUUAAAUUCGAUGAUGAUGCGAGUGUUGAGGGAGAAGGCUAUUCUCUAUGGAGUUGGCGGAUUUUUUGUGGUUGCUGUUGUAGUUAGUAUUUAUUUUUCUUUUUCUAGUUAAUUAUUUUGUUGAAAAAAAAAAAAAGAAUUUGCUUAUGUCACA